AUACACCACUCAGUGCUGAUUAAUUAUAUCUGCUCUCAUCCCAAAAUGUGCUAGCUAGCAGGCUGCUCCAAUAAUGUCAGGCAAAAAUCUCAUCAAAAACUGCUCUUCAGAAAUGGAUACUUGCUCCCUCAUGCCAAAAAGGCUGGAGGGACAAGUUGCAAUCAUAACGGGGGGAGCCAGAGGGAUCGGAGAAGCGACGGUGAGACUCUUUGUCAAACACGGUGCCAAGGUGGUCAUCGCCGACAUCGAGGACGCACUCGGCACCUCACUGGCCGCCUCUUUAUCCCCUUCCGCCACAUACGUGCACUGCGACGUCGGACAAGAGGAAGACGUCAGAAGGCUGGUCGACAUCGCCGUCUCCACCUUCGGACGCCUCGAUAUAAUGUUCAACAACGCCGGAGCUCUGGGAAGCCAGUCAAGAAACAGGAAGAGCAUCAUGGGGUUUAACCCAGAAGAAUUCGACCGCGUAAUGAGCGUCAACGUUAAAGGAGCCGCACUGGGGAUGAAGCACGCGGCGAGAGUGAUGGUCCCGGCCCGGCGUGGCUGCAUAAUCUCGACGUCGAGCGUGGCCGGAGUCAUGGGUGGUAUGGGACCGCACGCUUACACGGCGUCGAAGCACGCCAUUGUUGGGCUAACUAAGAACGCUUCUUGCGAGUUGGGAAGAUAUGGGAUAAGAGUGAACUGUAUAUCUCCUUUUGGGGUGGCCACUUCAUUGCUCAUUAAUGGAUGGAGGGAAGAAGAUGAUGCAGAAGAGUCAAAGGGUGUGGCCAUCAAUGAAGAAGAGGUUGAGAAAAUGGAGGAGAUUGUGAGAGAUAUGGCUAAUCUCAAGGGUCCCACGCUGAAAGCUAUUCACAUCGCUGACGCUGCCCUUUAUUUAGCCAGCGACGAGUCCAGAUAUGUGAGUGGUCAUAAUCUUGUGGUGGACGGUGGUUUCACCGCUUCUAAGAACGCCGUGGGACUGUAAUUGAGUCCGCGCGGACGGCACUAUCAUUGAUGGUUCCGUUGAAAGUAUGUCGCUGGAUUUAUAAGCAAUGAUUAUAAUUAGCAAUUAAUGAUUAUUAAUAAUUACAUGACGAUA